ACGUAUAGCCCUUUUCGGAAACUGCAUUUAUCCGCCCUUAGGUACUCUUCAAAGGAGAUAAGAAUAGACGCGCAAAACGCACACCUGCACUUCCGGGUAGUAUAUUGCUGAAUACAGAACGUUCUAAAUUAUUAUCGAUAAAUCGACAAAAGCAGACAUGCCUUCACACCAACGAUACUGUUGUAUAUGUAAAAACUACGGCGGAAAGGUAGUUGAUGGAAAGAAAGUGUCAAUGCAUCGAUUUCCAGCUGAUUUGCGUGUAAGAAAGGUGUGGAUUCAACGUUGCAAGAACACUCGACCUAAUUUUGUGUUUGUAAAUAGUGAUCAAACCAGGAUGUGUGCUGUGCACUUUAUCGGACGUUGUGGGCCAACAAAAGGAAAUCCUCUUCCUUGUUUCUUCCCAAAGGCAGAAGGUGGUGAAAAAGUGUACAAGCUCUCGACAAUGGAGAGUGUUGCAGACAUAGACUUAGUGACAAGCACUGAAGAAAAUAACGACACUUCCGAGAUGGAGCUGACAACUGACAACCGGUCACCAGACAUGAGCUUUGAGAAUGACGCUGAUGGAAUACCAGUUGAAGGCAACGAAUCAAUACUUGAUAUAUCACUAAGGCUCCAUGACUAUGGACAGUUCAGACCAGUGCCUUCCAUAAUUCGCCAUCAGUGCCAACAGGCACAGCCACAUACUGUUUCUGUCUCCACGCAGACAGAUGAAACUAGAAUUCCAAAGACGACAUCAACACAGACUCCAUUAGUGGAAACUGCUUCUAAUGGAUGUCAGGCGACAAGACCAGCAUUCACUUUUGAAGAUGUUACAGACGACAACAGUAAAGUCCUGUUCUUCACUGGAAUACCAAACGCGGGAACUUUUAAGUGUUUGUUUGAUGAACUUGAAAGUGGUAUGAAAGUAAACAACUUAGGCCGACCAAAGUCUUUGAGACUUAUUGAUGAAUUUUUCUUGGUUUUAAUGAGACUCAGACUUGGACUUCUGCUUGAGGAUUUGGCUUUUAGGUUUCAUAUAUCUGUAGGAACUUGCAGUACGAUUUUUAAUCGUUGGGUGAAUUACCUUGACACAAGCUUGAGUUUUCUCGUGAAGUGGCCAACACGCAAGAACAUAAAUGACACUAUGCCUCAAAGAUUCAGUCGUAAAUAUCCAAAGUGCCGAGUAAUAAUAGACUGCACGGAGAUUCGAACAGAAACCCCAUGUUCCUUGCAGCUUAAGUCGCUUCUAUACAGUGAUUAUAAAUCACACAUGACCUGGAAGUCAUUAAUCGGAAUAAGUCCAUCGGGUAUUGUGACUUUUGUGUCGGAUUUAUAUCCCGGUAGCAUUAGUGAUAAACAAAUAACUAAAAAGUGCGGCAUUGUUGACUUGUGUGAAGAAGGUGAUGCAAUAAUGGUAGACAAGGGUUUUCUUAUUUCAGAUUUAACCACACCUAGAGGUGUAGAACUUAUAAUUCCCCCCUUUAAAAAAAAGAAAAAGCAGUUUUUACCACAUGAAGUGGAAGCAACAAAAACAAUCGCAAACCUUCGUAUCCAUGUUGAAAGAGAAAUGGAAAGGAUAAAAAACUUUCGAAUUGUUCAAGGCACAAUGCCAAUAACUAUGUCGUCGCAGGCAACUAAAAUCUGGAAAAUUUGCGUAAGUCUGACAAAUUUUUUGCCACCCUUAGUGCCAAAUAGGUGAAAGCAAAGAAAUGUGCACAUUUCAGGACUGCAAAUAUGACAUGUUUAUGUAGUAAUACUAGACAAAUUAUUUACUUUUAUGAAGUGGUACUAGAAAUAUUAUGCAUUGAUCUUGCAGUUAACAUGGUUAAAGUGGUUAUCUUUUUAUUUAUGUUAAUAAAUUUAUUCAAAAUUUA